GGGGCAUGGGGCUGGUCCUGGCCGGUGCCGCCCCGCCGGUCACGUAGCUCUGCGGCACCGCAGCCACAUUUACCGCGGGGCCAGAGCGCGCAGCCCGCAGUCCGUACUCGUCGCCGCCGCCGCGCUACACGCCACCGCCACCAUGACGCACCAACACCCCGCGCUGACGGCAGAGCAGAAGAAGGAGCUGUCGGACAUCGCACAGCGGAUCGUGGCCCCGGGGAAGGGCAUCCUGGCAGCCGAUGAGUCCGUAGGGAGCAUGGCCAAGCGCCUGAACCAGAUUGGGGUGGAAAACACGGAGGAGAAUCGCCGGCUGUACCGCCAGAUCCUCUUCAGCGCCGACAGCCGGGUGAAGAAAUGCAUCGGGGGUGUCAUCUUCUUCCACGAGACCAUGUACCAGAAGGCUGAUGAUGGUACCCCCUUCGUCCAGAUGAUCAAGGACAAGGGCAUCGUUGUGGGCAUCAAGGUGGACAAGGGUGUUGUGCCUCUGGCUGGCACUGAUGGCGAGACCACCACGCAGGGUCUGGAUGGGCUGUGGGAGCGCUGUGCCCAGUACAAGAAGGAUGGGGCAGACUUUGCCAAGUGGCGCUGCGUGCUGAAGAUCAGCGAGCACACUCCCUCCUCGCUUGCCAUCAUGGAGAACGCCAAUGUCCUGGCCCGCUACGCCAGCAUCUGCCAGCAGAACGGCAUUGUGCCCAUCGUGGAGCCAGAGAUCCUGCCUGAUGGUGACCAUGAUCUCAAGCGGUGCCAGUACGUGACGGAGAAGGUGCUGGCAGCCGUCUACAAGGCACUGAGUGACCACCACAUCUACCUGGAGGGGACCCUGCUGAAGCCCAACAUGGUGACCCCUGGGCACUCCUGCCCCACCAAGUACAGCCCAGAGGAGAUUGCCAUGGCUACUGUCACUGCUCUGCGCCGCACCGUGCCCCCAGCUGUGCCAGGUGUGACCUUCCUGUCUGGUGGUCAGAGUGAGGAGGAGGCUUCCAUCAACCUCAACGCCAUCAACACGUGCCCGCUGGUGCGGCCAUGGGCCCUCACCUUCUCCUACGGGCGGGCGCUGCAGGCGUCAGCACUCAGCGCCUGGCGUGGGCAGAAGGACAACGCUGAUGCUGCCACUGAGGAGUUUGUGAAGCGUGCAGAGGUGAACGGGCUGGCAGCGCUGGGCAAGUACGAAGGCAGCGGGGACAACUCCGGGGCCGCCGGGCAGUCCCUCUACGUGGCCAACCACGCGUACUGAGCCCCGGCCGGGCACCCCACCGGCCCCGGCCCCCCGCCCCGGCCCCUCCCCGCCACCGCUCACACCCCGCUUCCACCCCAGCCACCCAGGGGAGCUGCCACGCGGGGAGGGGAAGGGGGGAGCGCCCCGCGGGAUGCCUGCAGGUGGAAUGAGGGGUCCGGCUCAGCCGGGCCCUGGGCGGGGGCCACCCGGGUGCCCCUUAGGCCGGGGGCUCCGGCCGGGCCGUGAGGGGAGGAGGGCAGGCCGCGUGGGGGGCAGGAGGGGAGGCCUGGGGGUGCCCCUGCCCUGCCGUAGCUUUGCAGUCCUGGUCGCUGCCGCCCUUGGGGCGCCUGUGUUGUGUUCGCCGUGUGCACCCCAUGUACCAAAUAGCCUAACAACGAAUAAAUGGUAGAGACAGCG